AGACAAAGCAUGGAGGACACAAGAAUGGGAGGAAAGGAGGACUUUCUGGAAGCUCCUUUUUCACUUGGUUUAUGGUCAUUGCCUUGCUGGGAGUUUGGACAUCAGUAGCCGUUGUUUGGUUUGAUCUUGUUGAUUACGAGGAAGUUCUAGGAAAACUGGGAGUCUAUGAUGCUGAUGGGGAUGGAGAUUUUGAUGUGGAUGAUGCCAAAGUUUUAUUAGGACUUAAAGAAAGAUCUGCUUCCGAGCCGAUUUUCCCACCAGAGGAGGCUGAGCCACAUGCUGAGCCGGAGGAGCAGGCUCCUGAGGGAACAGAACCCCAGAAUAUUGAAGAUGAAGUAAGAGAACAAAUUCAGUCCCUUCUCCACGAAACGGUACAUACAGAACAUGGAGAAGACCUGCAACAAGACCAGGAUGGACCAGCAGAAGAACUGCCUCUGGAGUAUGAGAAUUUCUUUACAGAUGAUGCAGAUGAUACAUUUGAGAUGCUGGAACCUGAAACACUUCAUGAAGUGGUUGAGGAUAGUUACCUUGUGGAAGAGCCAGUUUUACAGGAUCAUCAUCAGGAUAUAGAAGAGAUGAUAUAUGACCAGGAAAACCCAGAUUCCAGUGAACCAGUUGUAGAAGAUGAAAGAUUGCACCAGGAAGCAGAUGACGUAACAUACCAAGACUAUGAUAAACAAGAAUACGAGCCUUCAGAAAAUGAUGCAAUAGAAAUUUCAGAUAAUGCUGUAGAAGAGUCAAACAUAAUUCCAGAAGAAGUAAGUGUUCCUGCUGCAGAAGAACAGCAGGAAGUACCACCAGCUAAGAAGAAGAAGCCUAAGCUAUUAAAUAAAUUUGAUAAGACUAUUAAAGCUGAACUUGAUGCAGCAGAAAAACUUCGUAAAAGGGGAAAAAUCGAGGAAGCCGUGAAUGCAUUUGAAGAACUAGUGCGCAAAUACCCUCAGAGUCCACGAGCAAGAUACGGGAAGGCACAGUGUGAAGAUGAUUUGGCUGAGAAGAGGAGGAGCAAUGAGGUACUGCGCAAGGCCAUUGAGACCUACCAAGAGGUGACCAGUCUGCCUGAUGUCCCCACAGACCUGGUGAAGCUGAGUCUGAAGCGGCGCUCAGAACGACAGCAAUUUCUAGGUCACAUGAGAGGUUCCCUGCUUACCCUACAGAGAUUAGUUCAAUUAUUUCCCAGUGAUACUUCUUUAAAGAAUGAUCUUGGAGUGGGGUACCUUUUGAUAGGAGACAAUGAUAAUGCCAAGAAGGUGUAUGAGGAGGUACUGAAUGUGACACCUAAUGAUGGCUUUGCUAAAGUGCAUUACGGCUUUAUCCUGAAGGCACAGAACAAGAUUGCUGAGAGCAUUCCCUAUUUAAAGGAAGGAAUAGAAUCUGGAGAUCCAGGCACUGAUGAUGGGCGAUUCUAUUUCCACCUGGGAGAUGCCAUGCAGAGGGUUGGAAAUAAAGAGGCAUACAAGUGGUAUGAGCUCGGGCACAAGAGAGGACAUUUCGCAUCCGUCUGGCAACGCUCGCUCUAUAAUGUGAAUGGCUUGAGAGCCCAGCCAUGGUGGACCCCAAGAGAGACAGGCUACACAGAAUUAGUGAAGACUUUAGAAAGAAACUGGAAGUUAAUCCGUGAUGAAGGACUUGCAGUGAUGGAUAAAGCCAAAGGUCUCUUCCUGCCUGAAGAUGAAAACCUGAGGGAGAAGGGUGAUUGGAGCCAGUUCACACUGUGGCAGCAAGGAAGAAAAAAUGAAAAUGCCUGUAAAGGAGCUCCUAAAACCUGCACUUUACUAGAAAAGUUCCCUGAGACAACAGGAUGCAGAAGAGGACAGAUCAAGUAUUCCAUCAUGCACCCUGGAACUCAUGUGUGGCCCCACACAGGACCCACAAACUGCAGGCUUCGGAUGCACCUGGGCUUGGUGAUUCCCAAGGAAGGUUGCAAGAUCCGGUGUGCCAAUGAGACCAAGACAUGGGAAGAAGGCAAGGUGCUCAUCUUUGACGACUCCUUUGAGCAUGAGGUGUGGCAGGACGCCUCGUCUUUCCGGCUGAUAUUCAUCGUGGAUGUGUGGCACCCAGAACUGACUCCCCAGCAGAGACGCAGCCUUCCAGCCAUUUAGCAGGAAUUCAUGCCGACUUGGGACACUCUGGAGAGAGGCUACCUUUCUGGAUCCCUUUGAUGUGGAGAUAGUUCAAAUACCGUGGCUCUUAAUUCCCUCAACUUGCAGCCUGAAAAAUUCUGAGCUUCCUCCCAGGGUUAAAAGAUACUAAAGGGAAUAUUUGCUUCACAGCAAUUCAUUUAGAAAACACCCUGCUGUGUUUCAUCCCAUGACAGUACUGAUCAUAUGCCCAUAUUUAGGGCGAACACUUGAUAGCUUCUACCUUGCCAGCCAAAGAUAUUUUUUCCACACAGAAUACGUCUGAAUCAGUGAACAAUAAGAACAUAUGUAGAAACUGUGAAUGGAUUGCUUAAGUUUGUAAUUUUUCUAUGCAUUUAUAUUUUUCUAAGGUAGCUAAACUAUUUUGGCAUUACGUACCACUACUUUUUUGUCGACUUUAAUGACAAGCUUUGCAAAUGCUUUACUUCUAGUCAUUUUAUAGCAAAUUUCCUGGUGAACUCAGACUUCUUUAUUUUAAUCUUUUUUUUAGUAAAAAACACUCAUUAAAAUGACCAUUUUAUUUUCCUAAUGCAAAAAGAGAAAAGUGUAAUUAUGCCUGUAAUCUAUGACCUGUGCUGAUUCUUGCCCUUGAGUCUGUUUGCUUCUUUAUCUUCAUUGAGCUCCAGUUUUUGCUCUGCUUAGUGUGCUAAUGGUGGAAAUAUUUCAAAAAUCUUGCUGCUUUCUAAGGGAAAUUUUUUACAUUGAAAAAAGGACAUGAAAUAUUUUAUAUUAUGAUAUCAAAAUGUCACAUGUAAAUUUUUUAAUGCCAAGUAUUAGGGCUUGCUGCAAAUAAUGGAAAAUGUGCGGAAGUAAAAAUUCUUUCAAAGGAUAAGUCAAUAGGUAGUGGCAAGAGCCUCUCUGCCUUCUGUGACAUCAUUGAUUGGGAAUCAAGAGUGUCUUCACCUAUUGUAGAUCUGAGUGAAUGGCAAGAAGAUAGCACUUUCCAUUCUUUAGAUGGUUUGCAUAUAAAUUUUGUAAAUAUGAAGUAGCAGAGUAGAUGAUUCCCAGGAAUGCUAGGAUCUUUGUGCCAAGUGUAGGAGAUGAGAUUGCUUUCCGCUUCGAAAGAAUUUGAAGAACUCUUCCAUCUCCCUAUCUUGAGAAACUUCUGCCAUUUAAACAUCAUUUUUUAAAUAAAAAUUAAUACUCAUACUUAGUUUUAAUGUUAGAAAUAACUAUUGAAAGUGAUCUUGCCUGCUCAUUCCAAAGACAAUCAAGUCAACAAUGUAAUAAAAUACGAAUGCAUUUGAUUUUAUGUCUUUAAAAUUAAAGCAAAAAGUGUUAGCUAUAAGAAUGUAAUGAUAUACCUGCACUGAAUUCUAAGCCAAUAUGAACAAAAAUGCUACAGAAGUGGCACAUAGGUCACUGGAUUUCAUGCACAAGUAGAAAGAAACACUUGUGCUUUCUUUCCCCUCUAAUGACAAAGGAAGAGGCUUUAUCUUAUUUAACGAGUAAUUCUUUAAUGCUGAAAGUGAACUUUUUUCCUUGACCUUAAUGGCAUUAACUUUUGAUAGAAGGGCUUGCAAAAUAUUUUUCGUGUUCCUAAAGUAUUUGUCCUGUUACAUUUUGACAGUGUUCAAAAAUCCCACUAAACCAGAUGGAGAGACAUGGGAGGGAAAAUAUCAAAAUUAAUUACAGAAAUAAAAAGGCAUUUGUGUUCUUCAGUAUUUAUUAAACAGAGGAAAUGACUGACAAAGGGUAAUACAAUCCAGUGUUCAUGUAGUAACAUUCAUGUCACUUACUGAAUUUGGUUUGCUAUGUAUAUUGCAUACACAUAAAGAAAUUCAAACCAUAAGUUCUGAUUUUUUGAACCAUCAUCUUACAUUCAUUUAAUAAAAUUCUGGAAAAGAGUAAAAACUAACUCUUAACUUGGCAAAUAUAAUGUGUUAUUUAAAAUUGGGUCACUACAAUAAGAUUCUAAAUAUUUCCAAAUGAAAAGCCAGAGUAUUAUUACUGCCGCAAAGGGCUGUCAAUAACUGACUCCCAAUAGCCUUUUUAAUAUUUGUAUCCCACAUCUGUUUUAUAAACCCAAGCAAUAAAGUGGAUUUUUUCAUUCAUUUCAAUUCUUCCUUUUCCUUACCUGUAUAUUGGUACAUAAGAAAAAUAUUUCAGAUUGCAUUCAUAGAAUUAUUUCAGUGUUUUUAUCUUGGAUUUGAAAUGUCUACACAAAAUGAACAUGUCUUAUUUAUACUGUGAUAUGAUUGAGGCAUUUUUAAUUGUUUUAAUUUAUUUCUUCUUCAAGGGUGAAAUAUAAAAAUGACUUAUUAUUUUCUCCCAGUAGAAAAAAAUUAAAACAUUAGAUCCAUGGAGAAAGAGUGUAAUCAAUGGUUAAGAUUAGCAAUAUCUAUUGGGGGUGAUUAUGGCCAGCUAAAUCACUCACUUCUUUCCUUUGAAUUGUUCAGCUAACAAAUCAACCCUCCCAAAUAUUUUCCAAAUAUUUAAAAUGCAAAAUCAUUUUACUGUCCAUUACCAACUAAAAUAUUUUUAUUUGACACUGAGCAUUAAUUGAUCCAACUAAUAAAUGUCAAUGUCAUGCUGGUCAAAUCAGAGAUAUCUAAAAAUAUACAACUGGUCUUGUGAAACAUGGCACAAAUAAGGAUAUCAUAUUCUUUGAUAUCUGUUCAUUUUAUAUCUAAUUUCCUUUGAAUGUAUAGUUGGAGAUUCCAUUUCUACAGAGAAUAGAUAAAGAAAUAAAAUGAUCUUUGGCAUUUCA